AUAUGGUCUCUAGAUAAUACACAAUAGCGGUAAGCUCGAUCGGAGAAAUUCCCGAAGGCGAUAUUUCGUUUGAAAAUGGGUGACAUCGCUGCGGAAGGCGACGCCGUGUCGAAGAAAGCCUUGAAGAAAGCCCAGAAGGACGCUGAAAAAGCAGCAAGGAAAGCUCAGCACAAAGCGGAGCGCGAAGCUCAGAAUCCCAAUAAGGAUGAUCGUCAGGAGUCCGCGACGAGCGGGGAAGAUGUAUCAAAGGGGAAGUAUGGUAGUUACGGGAUGAUCCAGUCCUCUGAGAGACUUGAACGCACGCUGACGCCAAUCUCCAGUUGUACAUCGAAGCUCGUUGGACAAGAGGUUUGGGUCCGCGGUCGUAUACACGUGUCCCGUUCGAAAGGGAAGCAAUGUUUUCUGAUAUUGCGACAGGCCUGUUGCUCAAUUCAAUGCGUUCUGGCAGUCGGAGAGAAUGUCUCGAGGGAAAUGUUGAAGUUCGUAUCGAACAUCCCAAAGGAGAGCAUCAUCGACGUCUGCGGCAAGGUCAUGGCAACGCCUUCGAAGAUCGACUCGUGCUCUCAGCAAGACGUCGAGCUGUCGACUCUCCAGACUUGGCUCGUCUCGGCGAGCGAAGCUCGUUUGCCUCUUCAGGUGGAUGACGCCGCGAGGCCCGACGUCGUGAAAAACGAAGAAGAUGCUCUGAAUAUCCGUGUCAAUCAAGAUACGAGACUCGACAAUCGGAUCCUCGAUCUCCGAACUCCGGCGAACCAGGCGAUUUUCCGACUAGAGGCGGGAGUGUGUCACUUGUUCAGAGAGUCUCUGAGCAAAAAAGGUUUCGUAGAGAUCCACACCCCGAAAAUCAUCUCUGCCGCUUCGGAGGGUGGCGCAAAUGUCUUUGAAGUGAGCUACUUCAAAGGUAGCGCCUAUCUUGCGCAAAGUCCCCAACUCUACAAGCAGAUGGCCAUCGCCGCUGACUUCGGAAAGGUCUACACCAUCGGAGCUGUGUUCCGCGCUGAAGACUCGAACACGCAUCGACACCUCACCGAAUUCGUCGGACUCGACUUGGAGAUGGCUUUCGAAUACCACUAUCACGAGGUUGUGGACACGAUCGGUCAUAUGUUCAUCGACAUUUUCAAAGGCCUUGAGAGAAAUUACGGAGCCGAAAUAGAAGCGAUUCGUCGGCAAUAUCCAUCAGAGCCUUUCCAAUUCCUGGAACCAUCUCUGGUGCUCAAGUACUCGGAGGGAGUGGAGAUGUUGCGCUCUGCCGGAAUCGAGAUGGAAGACGACGAAGACCUGAGCACUCCGAAUGAGAAGCUCUUGGGUCGAUUGGUGAAGGCGAAAUACAACACCGACUUCUACAUUCUCGACAAAUUCCCUCUCGCCGUGAGACCCUUCUACACGAUGCCCGAUCCCGAGAACACGAAAUGGUCGAAUUCAUACGAUAUGUUCAUGAGAGGCGAGGAGAUCAUAUCGGGCGCUCAGAGGAUCCACGAUCCCGAAUUCCUGAUGCAGAGAGCCAAGCAGCACGGAAUCGAUGUCAGCCAAAUCAAGUCGUACAUUGAUUCGUUCAGAUACGGAGCUCCUCCCCAUGCCGGCGGUGGCAUUGGUCUCGAGCGGGUUGUGAUGCUGUACCUGGGUCUGGACAACAUUCGGAAGACGUCUAUGUUCCCCAGGGACCCCAAGCGACUCACUCCCUGAGGGAGCGUGGACAGGAAUUUCGUGAAUAAACGUUGUCGACUCGACGAUUCUU